GAUUUUCGCGGCUGCCGGAGGAAGAGGAGAAGGGGUUAAAUGUUAUCUUGUUAAUGUAGGCGCGCACUGUUUCGACUCGGCGACAGUCGUGCGACCAUGAGCACACAGGAACAACCGCAGGAGCAUGCCACAGGGUCGUGGUUGCACCCCAAAAAUGUGCCUGCCAGGGUAGUUUUGGGUUUGCUCUCCUUCACGGGAUUCCUGACCAACUACAUGCUCAGGGUGAACCUGAACAUUGCAAUUGUGUCGAUGACUGGCGGCGGAAACGCGACAGACUCAAACGGCACAUUAAUUAGAGAAGCGGAUUGCCGAGUCAACUUCAGCACGUCGGCCUUUGAUGCAGACACCACACGUGCUCCUAGCGCGGCCGAGUUCGACUGGGACAACUACAAGCAGGGCCUGAUCCACGGCUCGUUUUACUGGGGCUACGUGCUGUCCAUGGUGCCGGGCGGGAUGCUGGCCGACCGCUACGGCGCCAAACUCAUUUACGGCGGCAGCAACCUGGUCUGCAGCCUGAUGGCCUUCUUCGUGCCCUCCGCCGCAAGGUGGAGUCUCAACGCGCUGCUCUUCGUCAGGUUCAGUCAGGGAUUUGCAGCUGGAGCCACGUGGCCGGCGAUGAACGUGAUGGCUAGCAGGUGGAUCCCGCCAAACGAACGCAGCAAAUUCGUUGCGACUUACAUGGGAAAUGCUGUCGGGGUGGCACUGACGUUUCCCCUGUGCGGGAUUUUAAUCGAAGCAUUCGGCUGGGAAUGGGCUUUCCACGUGCCUGCGUUCAUCUGCCUGCUGUGGUGCGUGGCCUGGUGGUAUUGCGUCUUCGACUCUCCUGCACAGCACCCUCGCAUUUCCAGACAAGAGCUCAACUACUUGGAGCAACACGUCGUAAUUUCCAAAAGGAAGUUGAGAGUGCCAGUGGGGGAGAUUCUCAAGUCCACCCCGUUCUGGGCCAUGCUGGUGGCCAACCUAGGCUCGAUGUGGGCUUUCAUGACUGUUACAACGUACGGACCGACUUACUUCAAGAUGGUGUACGACAUCAACGUGAAACAGAACGGCUUCCUAUCCGGUUUGCCAAAUAUCAGUCGCUUCACAGGCUCGCUCUUUUUUUCGUGGCUUUUCGACAAAUUGAUCUCUCUCAAGCACUGUUCCAUCACCUCGGCUCGAAAGGUGUCAAACGCAAUAUCCCAGCUUAUUCCGUCGAUAUUAUUCAUGCUAAUGGGUGCCGUGGGCUGCAAUUAUAAAACGGAGGUGAUCGUCUUGACCGCAGCAAAUCUCCUAGGUGGGGCGUGCUCGUCAGGACCGAUUGUCAACAGCGUCGACUUGGCACCGAACUUUUCAGGCUCAAUCAUGGGUUUCAUGAGUCUGGCUUCGAUGAGCAGUGGAUUUUUGGUGCCGAUGUUUGUUGGAUACAUGAUAGAAAAAGACCAAUCAAUGGAGAGUUGGGCAACCGUAUUUCAAAUAACAGCUGCACUGGGUUUCGCAUCGACCAUAAUAUUUUCAAUAUUUGGUACAGGAAAAGUCCAACCGUGGAAUGAACCAAGAAGAAAUAAAGAAGGAAUUGACAACAACGUUGAGGAAGAGCUCAAAGCUGUGGAGCUGUUGAAGGACGAACACAAAUGACCAAUUUUUUACUUAACUAAGAAUCUCAUAAGUUUUGUCAGUAUAUAGACAUCGAGAGAAUAAAACUCGUUUUUGGCUGCAUUUAAAAUAAAAA